UUGAUCGGUGGUCGUGUCGCGUGUCAAACAACCUUUCGCCGUUACGUACCAACCGUAUAAAUACAAUUCAUUUAAGUUUUCCUUUCCGAGAAAACCAAGUGAAAUAGCAUAAAAUAUACGCCAAUAGGCUUUCUCAGUGAAUUUCUACCCAUAAAGUGAUCAGUUUAACGGACUUUUGAUCGAGUAUUUUUUCGCAGCAGCAAGGAAGCCAUUGGUAAUGCGGCGACACAGCAAGAGGCGGAGGACGGUGCGGCAAUGAGUCGCGACGUGUCCACCAAACUGGCGGCUGGCAUGGACCGCUGGCAGACCACCUUCGAAGACAUGAUCCACCUACGCUCGUCCAACAACCAUGCCUUCAAAGACAACUAUUGGGCACAGAAUGGCUUCGACGAACUGCGUCGCUACGUGAAACAGGGCAGCGACUUCAGCAAGGAGUUAGCUACCAUACUACAAGAAAGGGUAGAGGCGGAGAACUACUACUCGAAAUGUCUAGCAAAGCUGGGCACGAAGCUGAGCAAAGCCUGCAAGGAGAGCGUGGGAUCGUGCGCAGACGCAUGGAAGCACGUCGCUAUCGAGAUGGAAAAACGAUCGGAGAUUCAUAGGACGUAUUCCAGUGCCUUAGCAGAUGAACUAGUAAAGCCAAUGAAAAAUGUUAUAGACAGCCAGCUGAAGCUACGGAAGAAGAUCGAGGGUAAUGUGGACAAAACGACGCGCGCGUUAACCGAUUGGAGAUCAGCUGAGGCCAAGUCGAAGAGGCAGUCUCACGCCGCUGCCAGAGAAAACGAGAAGCUACAGGACGCUUCGUUGGACACUAGCCGCAUAUCCCGAAGCUCCAGCGUGGGCCACAUACCUCAUUCUAUCCUGAGUGCGGCGAGGGCUGAACGCGGUAACAAUGCGAGUGAGCGAGACGUGGCAAAGCUCCAGGUGAAAAAGAGGAAGACAGAGGAUGCCGUUAAGAAGACCGAAGUGGAGUACUACAAUGUCUGCGUGCAAGCUGAGAGAGCUAGGUUAGAAUGGGAGACCAGCGUGGUGAAAGGCGCGGGUAUGCUGGAGUCUCUCGAAGAGGAGAGGCUGACUCAGCUGAAGAGUUCUGCAGACUGUUACCUGAGACUCACCGCCGCUGUACCGCCGCAAUUGGCUGAGGUGACGAACGCGCUCACAGCCCCCAUAGCGAACGCGAACGCGAACGUGGACAUGCGCGUGGUUCGCGGCGUGCGCUCGCAGCCGGCCGGCGCCAGCGAACAGCUGUUGCCGGACUUCUACUGCGAACACACCACCCUCGCCAUGAACAGAGAGCGACGGAAACAGGCACUUCUUAAGAUUCUCCAGCUGGUGAAACAGGACAUCGAGAGGGAGCGCAAGUCGAAGCAAGGGCUUGAGAAGCUCUCGAUGGCCAUGAAGCAAACCCCCACCUUUGGCAGCGACGACUCUCAGCAGAACGUUGCCGAUAAGUUGUACCAUAUGAGGUCUAUGCUGACGUACUUGGAGGCUGUGCGGUACAAGAUAACGUCAAGCCUGGCAGAACUGGAUAGCCGGCCGCCGGCGCAGCAUCCCCUAUCCGCUCAUAUACAUGUCGUGAGAGAUAAGCAGGGUCUACAGCAGAGCAUCCUCAAGGUCCCACCGUGGCUACAGACUGACUACCAGAACGAAGUGAACAAAAACCUCCAGCCGAGUUACACCGCGCUCACCCGAAGUGUAACCGGCGGGGAGGAACGGGAGAGACGAGACUCCAUCAUGAGUAGAGCGUCGAGCAAGCUGCGAAUAGAACACCUGUCUUUCCGAAGACACGCUGACCAUAGAAGCGCGCCUACGACGCCGGUUUGUGUGGAACUGCCCCCCGUGGCUAGUAAGCCGCCGACGCCCGACGCUCCCCUGCCACCUGACAGCCCGCUGGACUGGAGCGAGCGUGGUGCAGGCGAUGGAUUGUCUAAUCAACAGGAUAGCGAUUUUGACGAGUUCUCAUCUCAAAGCGACAGUUCGUCCGAUCUGCAAGACGUGGGCAAGCCGGGCAGUGGAGUGGGCUCGGCGCAGAAGUACGUCGGCAAGUGUCGGGCGCUGUAUGCGUACGAGGCGAGGCUGGACGACGAGCUCACACUGUCGCCAGGUGAUGUUAUAAAUAUCUAUGAAAAGCAAGAUGACGUUUGGUGGAGUGGUGACCUUAACGGCUCUUUCGGAAUCUUCCCGUCGUCCUACGUCGAAGAGAUCACCUCUUGCAUAUGACAUCAAUGUGCUCGAACCAUUACAAAUUGUUUGUAUGUGAAUGUCAUUAAUGGUACGGUCCAACUAUCAGAAUUCGGCAAAUGAUUCGAGUUCGGGCAAUUUUUACGAUAGUUCGACAUUUAGUAAAUCACCUGGCCACUCCAUACGCGAUACAGCAAAUGUUUUGUGUUUGGCGAAUUUUUAAAUUAAGUAGUUUGGCAAACUAAACGGCCUGUGACUCACUGUCACGACAUUCUGUGACAGUGAAUAGUCUGAGUGCAGAGACAAGAACUCAUAGUUGAAAAACUAUAAGUUCCUGCGGGAUUAUUAAAGGAGCCUAUAUCUGCGCCAAGGAUUCGGCCAACGAUACGAACGAACAAUUUACAAUUUAUCACGAAUCAUUUGCCGAAUAGAAAAGCCGAACCAUUAGGAAUAAGGAGCUGGCGAACAAGACUUCGUGAUCACACUUCUUUAAUUUGGAAUGGUUUUGGCCGAUUGAAUAGUUCCAAAUUUGUGAAACGGAAUAAAACUAUGCUGAAGAGCCCAAAGUCCACGAUUCUAAUUUUUAUGCAAAUUAUAAUGCUUAAAUUUUACGUGCAACAUCAUCCGAAAGCGACUACGAAGCAGGAACGUCAGCCGCGCGGCGCUUGCCUUCCAAGAUGUUUAAUGGCACCAUGCACACCUACGCAAAUACAACGGAUACGACCGCGUCUGUAGAGUGGGACUGACAUAAGUUCGCAGUUCUCGUAUUGUAGUCGCGUAAGUUGCAUGUAUAGAUUCGCAUCGCAGACGCUCCCGCAUCAUGUUCAUUACGCGCAGAUGUGGCCGUAGCUUUACACCGUUUUGUUCGCCAGUUCAUCAAGAUCAGGGAGAGCGGCAGAAUUUAGUAUAAACAGUAGUGGUUUGGCGGUGCAAAUGAUUAGUGAAGCAUCGGCAUUGAGUCAGUAACUGUUCUCUCGUGUAUCAUGACUGCGUACCAUAUUGCCCAGCUCUGCGUGCGCUCUCGAUGAAAUCGUAUCCGUAUCUCCUUUGAUGAUCGGAUAAAAACCGAUUCGACAUGAAGGGAUCGUGUCUCGUGUCGUAUCAGAGUGGCGUAUCGGUCUGCGUAUCGUGUAUGUUGACUUUGACGAGUGAUGACCCGUCGAAGUCAAAGUCAUUUAUAUUCAAAUCGGGGUUUAUUGUACACUUUCUGAUUGUCAAACAAUGAUGUAGUGGUGAUAAUUAAUUAGGUUAACUUAAAACUAAAGCUACGAGGGUUCCAAACCCGCCCAAGUCUGAGGAGAGCCGACAACAAACUCAGCCGGGUAUUCUUUUUUAUUUUAUCACCACGCGAUAAUGAUACGCGUCGGCGAUACGGAUACGGUUAUCGGUUCGGGCAAAUUAUAGGUACAUAUUUGGACACGGCUUUACAGUGUUGCUGCGUUGUUUUGGAUGCUAGAGGCAUGCUCAGCCAAAUAGAAUCCAGCGCAAAUGAAUAUUCUGUAAUAAAAAAAAUGUUAUAUAGAUAAGUAAUAAGUAUAUAUAGUUUAUGAUGUAUUUUCGCACAUUUUAUUAUUUUGUCAUAUAAUUUCGAGUAAUCUUAUUAUGUUAUACAAAUACUAAACACAAAUUUUAUAAUAAAAUAAAUAAUUUUAAUUUAACUAUUAAUAUUUCUAAAAUUAAUAUGGCAGUGAUUUGAUCAUAACAAUGAAUCAAUUUUAUUAGUUAUGUAAAGAGUAAUCUAUUUUUCAUAUUCAGCACUUUUGAGUAAACUCAAUCCCAUGUUAUACAAAGAUCCCGUAUUAUAUCGUAUUAUACAAAGAUCUUGUGAGAAUCAGUACAAAAUAUACGGAGGUUACAGAUGUGUUUUUGUAAUUAUGUAUAUCAAUAUAACAAAUAAAUAAUGACUUAUUAGGUACAUGCUAAGUAAUUAAAAUUUACAGCACGGUGGCGCAAGUCCAUGUUUUGUUUUCGUUAUACUAAUUUCAACCGUAACUUUAAAUGCACAAAGCUCAGUUUAGUUAUCAACAAAACUUAGCUCCGCUCCACUCCGUCUUAGUGUCUGUACAGACGAACUGCAUUUGGACAGCAAGCUAACUGAAAAACUGCAGUUGGGAUGUAGUUUUAUUGCAGUUGACAAAGUGCAUUACAACUGCCGACCAAUCGGUCGUAAUCGCGCAGUCCGCGUGCAGUUUCAGUACGGGCAUUCAGUGUGAACUGCACGACUGCGCAGUGAGUUGGCAGUUGCGAUGCAGUUGUUCGACUGAAAUAAAACUGUUUCCCAACUGCAAUUUUGCAGUCGGUUUGCAUUACGACUGCAUAGACCCUUAGUUUAGUGUCUCUGGUAAGUACUGAGUGCACCAGAGCACCGUUGUGUUAUUGAUGCAGUACUGUAUAUUAAUAUUAGAUUAUAUUAAGUAUGUGAAUAAGGCCUGUGUUACAGGGUUACAAACCAUGCUCCUGACCAAGGUGACCUUGCUGUGUACCAACCAGACAGAUAGACAGUGGUUUGCAAUCAAGUUUCGUUUGACCUACGACCUUAUAUAUUUUUUCCAUUCCAUCAGCCAGUAUGCGUCCACUGGUGGACAUUGGCCUUCCCAAGAGCGCGCCACCAAACACGGUAUUCCGCCUUCCUCAUUCACCCACUCUCCCUUCACCUUCUUUAGGCCAUCGGUCCAGCGGACGGCCAUCGAUUUAAUAUCAUCUCAUCGCCGGCUCACUACAGAGCACGGGUCUCAUCUCAGAAUGACCAGGGGUUUUGGCCAUAGUCUACCAUGCAGCCCAAAUGCGGAUUGGCAGACUUCACACGCCUUUGAGAAUAUUAUGGAAAACUAUCAGGUGUACAAGUUUCCUCACGUCGUUUCCUUCACCGUUAAACCACGUGAUAUUUAAUUACUUAAAACGAACAUAGCUCCGAAAAGUCAGAGGUGCGUGCCCGGGAUCGAACCACCGACCUCAAAUCAGGAGGUGGCGGAUAACACUAGGCUAUCACAUUCAUAUAUGUAUUGUAUAUUUAUAUAUAUAUUUAGCCCUAAUUCUUCAACGAAGUCUUGUUGCUUUUGGUGAUUGGGUGUGGGUUUGAGAGCGCGGUCGGGUCCAAUCUGAGAUAGCUGCAUCAUUUACUGACAGUUCCUGCUGUCAUCAUCGCUGGCCCCGUCGCCGUAAUCCAGGCUAGCGGAGCUAAUGGCGUCCUGUCCUAACCUAUGCCUUCCAGUCAUACGAAGUUGUAACCUUGUUUGCAAUCAUCUAGUGAAAUGGCGACGUGUUAGACAAUCACCUCUUACUAAGGUCACCUUGGUUGGGAGCAUGGUUUGCGAGUUGCGACCGUGUAGCACAGGCUUAAGGCUGAUGGCACAAAUACAAUGGCGUUUGAACUCUUCGAUGUUACGCGUGCGUAUGUUGCAGUCAACUAGCUUAAUAUUACAAUACUCUAUCCACGGAAAUAAGUUAAUAUAGGGCUCUCUGUUGCGUAAUCCCUUACAAAUGACAGAGACGAAAAUCUCAAAGGCGUCAACGAUUUUGAGUCACCAACUUAGCACAAACAUGUUUUUUCAAUUCCAAAACAUAGUUUUGUUUGGUCUAUUCAAACUGGUUAACGCCCUCUGGGAUUUUCGUCUCUGUCAUUUGUACAUGAUUACGUAACAGAGAGAGACCUAUAUACUCGUACUAACUUUCCGUGGAUAGAGUACAGAAGCGACACACAUUAUACUUAAUUAUAUUAUGCGUUCAGCUAGUGUGUCAAAUGUAAAUUAUAAUUUGCUGUGUAAAAUUAAACCAAAGUAUGUUAUGUAAUAAACAAACCGGUGAUAACA